AUGGCCAAGAAGCAAUCCAAACCUGUGCCUGUCAAGGCCGACAGCAGCAGCUCCGACUCGUCCGACAGCGAAGCCCCUGCUCCUGCUAAGAAGGCGGCUCCUGCCAAGAAGGCUGCCCCUGCCAAGAAGGCUGAAUCGUCCUCGGACGACUCUUCUUCGGAAGACGAAGCUCCUAAGAAGGCUUCGCCUGCUAAGAAGGCGGCUCCUGCCAAGAAGGCGGCCCCUGCCAAGAAAGCUGACUCGUCGUCGGACGACUCUUCUUCGGAAGACGAAGCUCCUAAGAAGGCUGCCGCUCCUGCCAAGAAGGCGGCUCCUGCCAAGAAAGCCGACUCAUCGUCGGACGACUCUUCUUCGGAAGACGAAGCCCCUAAGAAGGCUGCUGCCCCCGUGAAGAAGGCGGCCCCUACCAAGAAAGCCGACUCGUCGUCGGACUCUUCUUCUUCUUCGGAAGACGAAGCUCCUAAGAAGGCUGCCGCUCCCGUGAAGAAGGCGGCGGCUGCCAAGGAAACCGACUCAUCCUCGGACGAUUCUUCUUCGGAUGAAGAAGAAACCCCCGUGAUCAAGAAGCGCAAGGCCUCGGACGCUGCCGAGCAACCUGCCAAGGUGCUCAAGAACAACGACGGCGACGCUGUCGCUGCGGCCCCUGCCGACGAGAACCGCGAUAUUUUCAUCGCUGGACUCCCCUGGGUGACCGACGAAGACGAGCUCAAGGCCGUCUUCGCCAACGUUGGCGGUGAAAUCACCAGCUUGCGCUUGCCCCAGGACGCCAAUGGACGCUCCACGGGUACCGCGUUCAUCACGUUCGACAGCGCUGCCGCCGCCGAGGCCGCGAUCGCGUUGGACGGCGCCGACUUUGGCGGUCGCUGGAUGAAGAUCCGGUCGGCCGAAAAGAAGAACCACGUCGCAGACAAGCCGGAAGGGUGCCUGUCCAUCUUUGUCGGCAACUUGUCUUGGAACAUUGACGAAGACACGCUUCGCGCCACCUUCGAACACUGCGGCCCCAUCGAAUCGGUCCGUCUCGCUACCGACCGCGAAACCGGCGACUUCCGCGGGUUCGGCCAUGUUGACUUUGGAACGUCUGAAGCUGUCGACGAAGCUGUCAAGCUCAACGGCGAAGACGUCCUGGGACGCGCCAUCCGCGUCAACUACUCGGAAAAGAAGCAAUUCGGUGCCGGCGGCGGCGGAGGUGGCUUCUCCGGUGGCCGUGGCGGCGGACGCGGCGGUGGACGUGGCGGACGUGGUGACUUUGGCGGACGCGGCGGAGGACGCGGUGGCGGACGCGGCUUCGGUGGCGGACGUGGCGGCGGACGCGGGGACUUUGGCGGACGUGGCGGAGGACGUGGUGGCGGACGUGGUUUCGGCGGCGGACGUGGCGGCGGACGCGGUGGACGUGGUGAUGGCCCCCCCAAGCGCCAGCCGUCGUCGAUCCAAAACUUCCAAGGCCAAAAGAAGACGUUUGAUUAAACUGCUUAGUCAAGACCAAUAGACAGUUAGACCACGCUUGCUAUAUAUAUUCGUAAUCGAACUACCCCACAG